AUGGCAAACCCUUUCCGACGCAGUUCCGGUGGCCAUCAGCCUUCCCUCCCCUCAGACUUUGCUCCAGGCCGCAAGGAAUCCUCGAUGCUCUUCUCAAUCCUCCCGUCAGUAGUCCAAUCCCGAAUCCCACGCGUGCCUUCGUUCCGACGCACUGUGAAUACCGGCAUGUGGGGACUUGCUUCGAAACGCAAGGCUGCAGAAUCAGAAUCAGGGUCAGAAUCAAGGAGUACCUCCGGAUCCAGCACCCCGCCUCCCGCCUACACGUCCACAACCGCGAUUGUAUUAGCUCGCCCUAAAGCUACGGAUACGACAACUAAAGUUGGGCCUAAUUAUUUUACUGAGGCAGUACAAUUGAAGGAGUAUGCAUUGCAGUUCGGGUCCAGUUCAACAUCCAGCGGCAGUGCGCAGGUGAUGGAGAUAAAUGACACGAGGAGUGGGAUUGCGUGGAAAUCUGCAAACCAAGGCAUGGCCCUCCUUGGUCUCUCCGCCGAAGAAGCCACUGUCAUCGCCCAGGAUGGCAGUUUGGCAGACCCAAACCUUACAAGACAGCUAUACCUCCACGCCCUGACAUACCUUCUUCGAGCCCUCCCUCCCAAUCUGUCCCCCGAGGAACAAAUAACUGUGCGGAAUUCCCUCCCACCAGGAGUUGUGCAGCCUUUACAACUGAAGUACAACCGCAAGUACGCAACCUCCAAGGGUCACACUGGAAACCAACCCUCGCUCCUCCACCGCACGCUUGCAUCCACCAUCGUCCAGCUAUUUGUGUUUUUCCGCCUCAUAUUCCCGUAUAUAAAGUACUUCCUCCAAGCUGCAUAUACAUACGAUCGCGAACACAAAAUCACCGAACGGAUACUUUGCCAUUGCAUUGAGACUGUCGAUACGAUCGGGAAACAGGGGAUCAACCUGACAGGCACUAUAUAUGGAAUGGGUGAUGGGAAAGUUGGCCAGUUUAUCACAAGUGCUUUGGCGUGGAUUGUCGAGGGCGUUACUGGAGGCAUCCAUGAAGGAGUGGGUCAGGGGAUGGCGGUUAUGGGAGAAGGAACUAUUAUAUACCCGGUGUUUAGGAUGUUUAACGUCUGUCGACGGGGCCCUGCCUCCAUAUCAAGGGCCUUCUACGCUGCAACUUCAACUGCUCGAAUUCCCGCCACAAGACCGACUCUUCUUUCUCUCACAUUCAAGAAUGCCGCAGCGCCAUCAUUAGAGGCAAGAUGCUUUCACGCAUCGACGCGCUUAAGGAACCAAGCCGCCCAGGCAAUAUCAACGGAGGAGAGUAACCUUUCGAACCAGAAGGUGGCCCAUGAGAUCACUAAGUUCGAUCAACUCCUUGAGCACGAUUUGGUGCACCCAAAUGUCGUUCAAGCUAUCACCAAGGGAAUGGGCCAUCAUACCAUGACGGAUGUGCAGACGAUGACUAUCAACGAAGGUUUGAGAGGCGUUGACAUCAUUGCGCAAGCACGUACCGGCACUGGAAAGACUCUUGGAUUCCUUGUCCCAACCAUCCAAAAUAUUCUCAACAAGAGCCCCGAACUUGCAGUGCGGAAGCGGUAUUCUAAAGCCAGAGCUUCGGAUAUCCGAGCCAUCAUCAUCUCACCAACUCGCGAAUUGGCCGAACAGAUCGCAGCAGAGGCUAAUAAGCUGGCCUACAAUACGGAUUUGAGAGUCCAAGUCGCCGUUGGAGGCAAUAGCAAACGCCAAAUGCUGAUGAAGACCCGACAAGAAGGAUGCCAUUUACUCGUUGCCACACCUGGCAGAUUAUAUGAUCUUUUGACCGACGAAUACAGCGGAGUACGAGCGCCAAAUCUGACGACACUCGUUCUAGAUGAGGCGGAUCGACUUUUGGAUGAUGGAUUUUCUCAGGAAAUUAAAGAAAUCUCCAAUAUUUUACCCAAUAGGGAUACAGUGGACCGGCAGACACUUCUUUUCUCCGCCACCGUACCGAAGGAGGUUAUGCAGCUUGUUCGCGCCACACUAAAGCCAAACUUCCAUUUCGUACAGACCGUCAAGGAGGGCGAGCUCGCAACCCACGAGAAGGUACCGCAACAUCUGAUCGCUGCGACUGGUGUUGAGAAUUUCAUGCCAGCACUCUAUGAGCUGGCCAAGCGUGAGGUAGAUAAAGCUGCCAAGGGCGAGGGUAAUCCUUUCAAGGCCAUUGUUUACUUUCAAUCGACGGCCAAUGUCGUACUCGCCCACCGAAUAUUUGACAACCUUACUCCGGAAACUGGUGGCAGAUUUGGAAGAUCGCCCCUGUACCCAGCAGAAGUAUCUUGCAUCCAUGGUCAACUAACUCAGGCCCAGCGGACCUAUACGUCUGAGCGAUUCCGGAAGUCUAAAUCGGCCAUUUUGUUCUCAACUGACGUUACAGCUCGAGGAAUGGAUUUCCCCAAUGUCACGCACGUCGUUCAAAUUGGACUACCUACCAACCGUGAACAAUACGUCCAUCGUAUUGGCAGAACCGGCAGAGGCGACAAGGCAGGAGACGGGUUCUUGAUCAUUCACGAGGCCGAGAGACGCCAGUCUGAACGUCUGCUUCGCGGUCUUCCUAUUAAGAUCGACAACAGCCUCGAAACUGCGGCGAUCGAUAUGUCGCAAGAGGCCCAACUACCCGCCUCAGUAGCAAAUACCUUGAGUUUGGUCGCAAAUGCAACAAAGAUGGUGGAUCGUGCAACAAAGAGCGCUGCCUAUAUGGGUGCUAUCGGUCAACUUGGAAAACUGCCGGGUGGCCUUGAGGCAAUGAAUCGAUGGACACAGUAUGGAUGGGGAUGGGAAGAGCCUCCUGCUAUAUCAUCAGCCUUGGCAUCCAAACUUGGACUUGGAGGUGUUAAAAAUAUUGGACGCCGUGAUAACUUUGGCUCAGGUGGGGGUCGUGGAGGAGGAGGCUAUGGAGACCGCGAUGGAAGGAGCGGCGGCUUUGGAGGCAGAGGGCGAAGCGGUGGUUUCGGAAGUGGCGGGCGCAGUGGUGGUUUCGGAGGACGUAAUGGUGGUUUCGGAGAUGGAGGACGCAGUGGUGGCUUCGGAGAUGGAGGUCACGGCGGUGGCUUCGGUGAUGGAGGACGAAGUGGUGGUUACGGAGGUGGAGGACGCAGUGGUGGCUUCAGAGAUGGAGGACGAGGACGAGGUGGUGAUCGCGGCGACAGAGGACGGGGUGGUGAUCGCGAUGGUGGAUACGGCGACAAGAGCAGCAACUUCGGCUUGUAUUAA